AUGGCGAACGGAGACCCCGCGACGCAUUCGUUGCCACAGAUAGUACUGAAGCCCCGAGAUAUUCGGGAGCUCGAAGUUGUCGCAGACGCGAUUCUUGAAGCGAAUCUCGAGCGAUACCAGCGGUUCACGGAUGUUGACAACGCAAAAGUCGACGCAAAGACGUGGAAGUUCAUCAAGACGAAAGACCAGAUCAAAGUCUACACGAAACGCCGCCACAAACAGCGGAGACCUUCGCCCGAAGAGGUUUCGACGGACGAAGCAGAGGUCGACUUGCAGUCGGUAUUGUGCGCGGGAUCGACGCCGGGGACGCUGGAUGACGUCAUGCUCGGCAUGUUGAACCCGACGCUCGAGUCGUCGAAAACGCCGUCUCUCAACGACCGCAGUGGCGCAGCAGUGCUUUCGAUGGCCAAGACACCGACUUCGGACGACCCGUUCCAGUCGAUUGCUGUCAACUGGAUGGAGCUCGACGUUCGCCGUCGGUCCAUGGGACUUGCGAAGAACCGCGACUAUGUCUACGUCGAAGCCACGGGCAUGAAAGUGCUGCCGACCGGUGGACGACUCGGCUAUCGUCUAAUGCACUCGGUGGACUUGCCCCAGGCACACGUCUUGGACGGACGUAUACGUGCGAAGCUGUCGGUGUGCUGCUUCUACCGCCAAGAGACCGAGUCCUCGGUGUCGGUCUAUAUCUUGGGGAUGAUGGACGCUAUGACCGACCGAGUGCAGCGACUGAUCGUGCCCCGUUUCGUCCAGAAGAUGCUCCUUCCGCUCAAGUACGCGCACUUCAUUGAGAUGAAGAAGCUGACCCAAGCCCUUGGUGAGCGCUACGCGCAGUUGAAGACAAUCAAGUUACGGGGUCUCGAUCAGCAGUGCGCCGCGUGCGACAAGCGUAUGGGCCGUCUUGGAAAGUUCGUGGGGCACCACUGCACGUGCAAACUGUGCUUCAAGUACGUGUGCAACGCGUGCAAAGUGGACAAAGACAUGAGCUUCGUCACGCUCGACCUCAAAAUGACUCAUCGGAAAGUCACCUUUUGCCCGUCGUGCGUGACCGAUGCGACCGUCGAGUCCAUCCCGGAGCUGUCGUUUGUCGAACGUCGCAGCCAGAACGACUUUCGACGGAACAACUCGAUUCGGUCUUCGAUCUCGUCGGGAUGGGGGACAAUGAUGGAAGAUGACCCGCAGCCAGUGAUGGUCUGA